AUGGACAGAUCACCUCGACGUAUUGCUUCUCCAGUUAACAGAACUCCGUCCUUUGAGAUAGCAAUACUAAACUCUCCUCCUAAUUCGCCACAUCAUGAUCUUCCACCAAUGGAAUCUUUGCCAAAUUCACCUGAACCUCCUCCACCACCUCCACAUUCUUUCUCUCCAAGAAGAAAAGUUCAUGAAUCGAUCGUUCGAGAAUACCAUCUACAUUCAACGACUCGAAUUCCAUUCUCCCCUCCACCGACAAUCCAAAUUCAUCCAGCUCCGAUAGCCGGUCCCGAAUCCACUUCGAGUUUUCGAACGAAUCCGGAAGAAGGAGAUAGAGAUGAUGAAGAAGAUAAUGUCGAAGAAACGGGUCAAGAAAUAGAGUUACCACCGACAGAAGAGAGAGCUGCAGAACCAGAAACAUCUCAACAAAUUCAUGUUGAAUCAGAUGUUGAAAUAGUGGAAGAUGACCAUCAAAAAACGGCGGAAGAUGGUCUAGAGAACCGAUUGACUCAUCAACUGGAAGCACCUGCGGAUCGAAGAAUCAUUUUCCCAAUCACUCCAUUUUAUCGACGAAAGGGAACAUGUUCGAAAUGCUCAAUUUGGCUUGGUGCUCUAUGUGCUCUUUUCUUUUUGUUAUCAAUUGCUUUGUUCUUAGUGUGGGUGAUAACAACUGAUGGAUUUAGGACAAUUGGAACAAAAGCAACAAAUGUUUGUAAUUCAAGACAAUGCAUUGAUGUCGCAUUCCGACUAUCUUCGAGUAUCGACGAUGAAAUCGAACCUUGCGAGAACUUUUAUAGACACAGUUGUCAAAGAUAUCACUCUCAAACUGCUGAUAAACAACUGAAUUUUUUGAGUCAAUUAAAAGAUGAAUCUCUUCGAACAAUGCAGAGUUUGUUUUCAUCCGAAGAAGAUCCGAGAGGCCUUCAAAAAACAGCAAGACUUUCAAAGAGUUUAUACUCGGCUUGUAUGAAUGCGGUAUUACGUUCUUCAAAUGCUCCAACAGACUUGUUAACAUUCAUUCGCAACUUUCCAUGCGGUCCACUUCUACGUGAUUGCCCUAACUUCCACGCGGAUUCCUACAGUUGGGAACGACAUUCAGGAAUGCUGGAUUGGUAUGCAGGAAAUUAUAACUUGAUUGUUUAUGAUAGAGAUGUACAUCCACAGGAUAGGAGUAAAAUUAUCUUGCAGAUAAAACCUCCAGACUUGAGUCCAAUAGUUGGUCCAAUCGAGAGAGAUUUGAUUGCAUUGGCUAAGCCUAGUCCAACUGAAUUUGAACCACUGUUGCAGUUAUCCUUGAGACAGAAUUUGUUGAGCUCCUUCUCUCGUGAUAAUCUGCUCCGUGAUCCACGAGACGUUCAAUCCCAACUAGACGAAGUUGCUCGUCUUAUGGUAGAUCUUUAUAUCUCUGCAAGACAAUCAGCCAGUCUGACACCAAAUACGACAUACCUGACAAUCGGAGAAAUGUUCGAAGCUUUGCCACAGUUAUAUCUUCGAGAAUUUUUUGAUGCACAGUUGUCGAAUAUCUAUAAAUGGACUGAAUCUGAUAUGCUGUCAAUUCAAGAUUAUGAUUACUUCGCGAGACUUUCGGAUAUUAUGGCACACUGGCGUGAAUGUGUCGAUCAAAUCUCAUCUCUUGAAAUCGGAAGUAAGAUGUAUGUUGACAAAGCAUCACAAUCAAUGAAUCUUCCAAAAACUCUCGAAUUCCUUCGAAAUCUUAAAAUAGAUUUCCUUUCUGUUCAUCGAAGUACUCCUUUACAAUACCUUUCGAAUAUAAACCGUCUUGGAUUCUACGUUGGUUUCCCUCGACGUCUUCAGAACGAAGAAUUGGUAUGGAGACCAGUUUCACAGUUAUCACUCAAUGAAACUGACUACUUUGAUUCAAUGAUUCGUGUUGGAAAAGCUGAAAGAGACUAUGCAUUAUCACAGAUUGGAACAUAUUUGGACAGUGACGAUACAACAAAUUUCCCGAUUACACAACCAACAAUGCUAUACAAUUCUCAUGUUGGAGCAAUUGUGAUCCCUCUUGCAUUCAUCGAACCUCCAAUUUAUUUACCAGGAGACGAAAUUCCAAUGUAUGGAAUAUACUCAAGUCUUGGAAUUACGGCACUUCAAAUGAUAUCAAAAGUAUUUUGGCAAGGUCUGGAUAAGAGUUCUCAAUUGGAAUGCUUGGAUAACUUGUUCCGUGGAUUCUUGGAUGCAAAUCGCCAGAGAAGUCCAAGUAUUGAACCAGAACUUUUGGCCACUAUCGAACUGGCUGAUGCUUUUAAGAGUACAUUGUAUUCGUAUGCUAAAUGGCAAAAUGAACAUCACAUUCAUCAUGAGAAAACGCUUCCAGCUUUCGAUUCAACGGAUAGCAUGAGAUGUUCUGCAGUGGAGAAGGAUCCGAACCUGGAAGUGAUUAUGAGGCAAUGA